GAAUCACUGGCUGUAGCUCUAAUUGUGAUACUGUCAUCCAAACGGUAUAAGACUGAAAUUCAAAGAUGGCAGAAAUGAAAGCAAAAGAAAAGGAGGAACUCAACAAGGCAAUAAAGUGGGUGUACAAAGAAUUCGCGGCCGGUGCGGCCGUCCUUGCCGUGCUUUACUACACGGUCAGGAAUAUCCCACUGGACACGGAGACCCUCAAAACACCACAGGACCGCAUAGUGUUUACGUUCAGGUGGAUGCUUAUUUCCAUCCUUCCUCUUAUAUCGGCCAUUUUCGACGUCUUAAAUGUCCGAGGUACUACGAACGCUAUUAAUCCGAUCGCCGGAAAAUCGGAACACCUCGUGGAAGUUCCAAACAGAAUUCUACGAAACGGGAUGGAACAGUUCCUUUUGCAUGCGAUCGGACUUCUAGCGCUGACGACUUAUUUGGAUGAGACUUGUAUGUCUGCUAUCCCAGUUCUUGUUUCAAUGUUUUUCGUUGGCCGUGUAUUUUAUUCUUUAGGCUUUAAAUCUUCAGAGAGAAAUCGAGGAUUUGGAUUUUUCAUCACCUUCCUUCCAACACUCAUAACUUACGGUUAUUGUUUGUACAAGUUUGCUACAACCUAUUUACUGUAAUAUCAUAAUUCAGUUCUGUAUAAGUCAUGUUCAUGUUUAAACUAGACGAAAUUUGAGUUUAAAAAAAUAGCGGCGGUAUGUAGAUAUCAGAAUUGCGCUAAAAUUAUGUUAACAUUACAAUAAAGGAUACAUUACAACCA